AUGGAUCAUGAGGACAAUGAGGUGAAGAAGCCUUUUGAAAUUGCAGGUAGAAGCUUAAUCGACUUGGUCUUCUCUUGGUCUCUUAGGAAUGUUCUCUUCAGAGAUCUUUACAAACACCAGGUGACCAAAAUUCCACAGACAUUUUCGACAGUGGCGAGUUACAUGAAGUCAUUCAUUCCUUCACUUAUUGAGGAAACACAUGCUGAUUUACUCUCAAACGUUACGGCAAUUUCGCAGGCACCUAUUUGUGAGAUUCUGACAGUUGAAACUUCUAAGCAUCAUAGGCCUCCCAAAGACUUGUUUUAUGAAAUUACAGUUGGGAAGAUGAUUACGACAGAAAGCAGUGCAGGAAAAUAUGAGCCAGCGGUUGGAGAUAUCUUUGCCUUGACAAAUAUUAGACCAAAAUGCAUUGAUGAUUUGAACAGGCCUCCAAAUUUCUAUCUUAUUGCAUAUGUUCUCGGAUCGAAAAAUGAAAGCUCAGACAAUCUCCAGAUACUCUCAUCAAAGCCUAUCAGUGGGGAAGGAUACAAAAAAAUAAAGAGCAGGAAAGAAACACUGUUUGCUGUCUAUCUGACGAACAUGACCACAAAUGUUCGUGUAUGGAAAGCGUUGAACUCAGAAGAGACAAACACCAAUAUCAUUAAGAAUGUGCUGCAAGGGGAGAAUUCUUGCGCAGUCUGUUUUUCCGAAGACAUGUGCUCCCCUGACCUUUCUACAAGAUGGCCCACAGUGUGCUCUGAUCUAAAUGAUUCCCAAAAGGCUGCAGUUUUAAACUGUAUCAGUUUGAGUAAGUGUCAUCACCAUAAUUCUGUAAAACUAAUAUGGGGUCCUCCUGGAACUGGAAAGACCAAGACAGUCGGUACGACACUCUUUGUCCUCUUUAAGUUGAACUGCAGAACACUAACAUGUGCGCCAACCAAUAUUGCCGUGUUAGAAGUUACGGCACGACUCUUGAGGUUGGUUAAUCAGACUCUUGAAUAUGGAAAGUAUGGACUAGGAGAUAUAAUUCUAUUUGGGAAUGUGGAGCGGAUGAAGAUCGAUAAUUAUAAUGACCUUUUUGAGGUAUUUCUUGAUAGUCGUAUUAGUAUUCUGUCCAAGUGUCUUGCCCCUUUGUCUGGUUGGAAACAUUGUUUAGAAUCCAUGAUAGGUUCACUUGAGGAUCCAGAGCAACUCUAUUCCUUGUAUUUAAAGGAAAAGAGGGAACAGCACAAAAAGAAUGACGAGCACGAUGAAGAAACUGAUAAUAGCAGCUCAACAAGUGAUGAUGAGAGUGAUCUUUUGACGUUUGAGGAGUUUGUGAAGAAAAAAUUUGAUUACUUUAGUGAGCAUCUGAAAACUUGUAUGGUAAACUUGUACACCCACUUGCCAACAUCUUGCAUUUCACUUGAGGUGGUGAAGGAUAUGAUUAGAGUUUCGGAUUUGCUUAAGUUGAUUAAAUCUAUAUUGCAUCGGGACGGUGUUGCUAAUGAAAGGUUACAAUCACUUCAAAAAGAUUGCGCACAAAUUCUUAAGUCGCUUCGUGAAUUUUCUGUUCCAAAUUCAAAUGAUGGACAAACAAUAAGAAAUUUGUGCUUGGCAAAUGCUUGUUUAAUAUUUUGUACUGCGUCAAGCUCUGCAAAAUUGCACACUGAAGGAAUGGCACCUCUGGAAAUGUUAGUGGUUGAUGAAGCAGCUCAGCUGAAAGAAUGUGAAUCAGCAAUUCCCUUACAACUACCUGGUCUUCGCCAUGCUAUUCUCAUAGGAGAUGAGAUGCAACUCCCUGCUAUGGUUAAAAGCAAGCUCUCCGAGAAUGCUGAAUUUGGAAGAAGUUUGUUCGAAAGACUUGUACUGUUAGGCCACGAGAAGCUCCUUCUUAAUGUCCAGUAUAGGAUGCAUCCAUCGAUCAGCAGGUUUCCGAAACAGGAGUUCUACAACAAUCAGAUAUUAGAUGGUCCAAAUGUCAGUGAAGUAAGCUAUGAGAAGUCCUUCAUUGAGGGCAGAAUGUACGGUCCGUACUCCUUUAUAAAUGUAGCCAAUGGAAAAGAAGAAUUUGAUCGCGGGCAUAGUCUGAAAAACAUGGUUGAGGUUGCUGUUGUAUAUGAGAUAGUUUCAUGCCUUUACAAAGGUAAUUACUGUCCUAAGCUAAAGAAGGUUAGUGUUGGGGUAAUAUCACCUUACAAGGCUCAAGUUAAUGCAAUUCAAUUGAGAGUCAGAAACUACAGUGAAGUUUCUGGCAAAGAUUUCUCUGUAAGUGUGCGAUCUGUUGACGGAUUCCAAGGUGGUGAAGAGGAUGUGAUAAUUAUCUCCACUGUCAGAUGUAAUGGGAAUGGAUCUGUAGGUUUCCUCUCCAAUCGUCAACGAGCAAAUGUGGUUCUAACUCGUGCCAGGCAUUGCCUUUGGAUAUUGGGGAACGAAGCGACAUUGACUAACAGUAACUCAAUUUGGAAGAAUCUAAUUCUUGAUACGAAGAAACGCAAUUGUUUCUAUAAUGCUGAUGAGGACAAUAACUUAGCUCAGGCUAUUGCAGCAGCCCUUCUAGAGCAUAACCAACUACAUACUCUGCUUGAUGCUGAUUCUCUGCUGUUCAAAAAUGCAAAAUGGAAGGUUUGGUUCGCCAACGAAUUUAGGAAUUCAAUAGCAGAAAUUAAAGACACCGAGAUUCGACAGGACGUAAUUUCUUUAAUAAAAAAACUUUCUAAUGGUUGGCGCCAAUCUCAGAAUGAUAAAGUGAUUAUAGGCCAUGGUGGGACUUCUGCUGAAUUGCUAGAGACGUAUGAAGUCAAUGAGCUGCUGUAUCUCAUCUGGAGCGUAGAAAUUCACAAGCAGAACUCAGAUUUUGUCCAGGUUAUGAAGAUUUGGGACAUUGUCCCACUUUCUGAAAUUCCUAAACUUACACAGCGCCUUGACAUUAUCUUUGGGAAUUAUACCGUCGAUAAGAUGAACCGUUGCAAACACAGAUGUUUUGAUGGGGUCACUGUUGUUCCGAAUAGAUGGCCAGCAGAUUCGAGCAGCUGUGACGAAGCUGAUCCAACAGAGUUCCUUUUGAAACCAUUUUCUUCACUCAGUCUGAGAGAUAGGCCAUCAUCAAGUUCAUCUUUUAGAAAGAAUUUUAUGUCCAGAAUGAGAGGAACCACGCACACCGGAUCGAGGCCAAGAUGGUAGUUAAUGUUGCUUAUAUAAUGACACUGUGUGCAGCAGCAGCAGCAUCAGCAGGGG